GUCAGUAGUUUGGUACUCAGUGUACUCAGUCAGUUGUCUCGCGUCGUUGACGCCGGUCGUCGCCCCGGCUCUCUUAUUUUCAUCUCAAAUAACUCGGUACAGUUGAAUUAAAGUGUUAGAAACAGUGUCUUCUGUCAAUAUUUUUUUGUGUGAACGUUGCUGUGUUAAGUGAACGCAAACAGUUAAAUUUUAACUCAUCGUGGUGCGUUUACUGCAUUUGGAAUUAAGUUGCACACCGGUUCAAGGUCAAAAAAGUUCCUGUAACGCCGUCCAUUGCGGCUUUAAUUUAAACAAAUGAUCAAGAUGUGUUUAUGAGUGUAGUAGUGGUGGGGAGGCGAGAUGGGGCGGGCGAGGUAUAUCGCGUGCGCUCUGCUCAUGCUGUGUCCACUCGCGCUCACGAGGCACGAUGACGACUUCGCAUUUGACAACAGUGAAGAAUUUCUGGUUGAAUUAACAGCAAACCACUCAGAAAUAGCCAAAAAUGGCCUAAGAAGGUUAUGGGGCGUGCCCGACACAUCGGCCUAUGUGGGACAUCUGUUCCGAAUGGAAAUCCCAAAGGAAGCUUUUUCGGGAAAAGUACUAGCUUAUAAGACCCAGAAAUCAAAUCGAUUAGCAGUCCGUAAGGGAGUCAAGGUUCGAAGUGAAGGCGGUCGGCGCAUGCCUAGCUGGCUGGCCGUGGACUCGAGGCACGGUCUGAUCAGUGGCGUGCCCCAGAAGCAGGAUUUAGGCACGCACACCUUCACUGUCACCGCGCACGGUAGCACGCGCGGUCUCACUGCUACCGACUCCUUCACUGUUGAGGUGAAGAAAGCCCAAGACAGGCCUCAUUCCAAGUACGGGUCAUGUGUCGGCGAGGAGAGCCGGCUGGUGCUGGUCAUCAUGCUGGACGGCUCCUUCCACCGCGUGUCGCCGCGGCAGAGGACUCGCGCGCUCAUGCAGCUCGCCAGCUUCAUGGCGCUUGAUGGCGACGAGUUCUGGAUGGAGCCUUACAAGGCGGAACCUCACGCCGAGACCAUCAUGAGCGGCGCCGGCUCCUCGCAGCGCAGGCACGGGGACGCCACCACUGCCAUCUAUCUUAAUGUUGGUUGCGGCAACAAGCUAUGGAAUCACCACAAAGUGUUAGUAGCCGGUCUCCGAGAGCAGGCGCGGGACGGUACUCUCGCGCACGUGGUUCGGCUGCCUGUCAUCGGCUGGAGGCUACUGGCCGUACAACCUGCACCUAGGAUUAAACGACAGCUGGAAGGUUCAGGCGGCAACAGCUACGACGCGGAAUACGACAACGAAGACGACGACGCCGACGCGGACGCCGACUACAGCGGCUACGAUGACGGCAUUGACGACGAAGACGGCUUCGCCAAUCACGACGUCGGCGCUGACGUGGUGGACCCCCUGACCCCCGCCCCCCACCCGCACCGCCACCACCACGGCGACGGCCCCGCCCCCGGCGCGCCACACACCAGCACCGACACGUUUCAGACCGAGAGCGCCGCCCCCGAGCCGACCCCCGCCACCCCGCCCCCCGUCCCUGCCUCCCCGCCCCCCGACCCCACCCCCGCGCCCGACACACCGGCCCCGCCCCCUCCGCCGAGUGCCCCGCCCACUAGCACGGAGGAAGCCCGCGAGGAGACCACUCCUGAGUUCACAACUUAUUCGUAUACCACGGAGCAUAACGAAGUGGGCAUUACCGCACUGUCUGCCUCCCCGUCCGACAACAACAAUGUUAACAUGUCGGUCCCCCCGACACUACUGCCUGUCAGCCCACGACGCAUGGGGGUAGACUCCUUCGCCCCCGUCAUACUACAAGAAGAAACCACCACCCUAGAACCGGAAUUGCAAACCGUAAUAAUCCGUGAGUCUACCGAACUGCACGAGCUGGUGACGUCAUCGUCAUCGACGGAGCUGGUGACGUCACCGUCCCCGUCGCCGCAGCCCGAGGCGCCGACCACGCCGCCCCCACCCCCCACCACUAGUCCGACGCCGACUACCGUGCCGACUACUGCGUCCACAACCACUUCGACAUCGACAACUACACAAGUGCCGACCACUUCUAGAACUACUACAUUGAUGGCGCCAUUGCCCCCUACGAUGACCACGCCUGAGUCCAUUUUGGACGAACUCACUCAUCAGGAACCGAACCCCACAGAGGGUAAGAGCACAAUAAGCGGCGUGACGACAGAAACAGUAACAUGGGCUCUGCCUAUCAACCAGCCGCCCACGCUCAAGCACCACAUGAAGAAACUGGCCAUCACUGCUGGAAAAGCUUUCAGGUACAUAAUCCCGGCGGACCUGUUCACGGACCCGGAGGAGGGCAGCAACUUGACGUUCACGAUGUACGAGGCGGAGAAUGUGCCGCUCAGCAACAACUCCUGGAUACAGUUCAUCCCUGCAGCGCGCGAAGUUUAUGGAUUGCCGUUAGAAGCCCAUGUAUCUCGCUGGAACUUCAUAGUCGAAGCUCAGGACAGCGAAGGACUGGUAGCUCGCGGCCCCUUAGACAUCACGGUGCAGCAACACAAGAGUGGCCGCACCAUCAACCACCAGUUCGUCAUGGAGUUCAAGCUUAUCAAGGAGUAUAACAACGCCAUUGACUGGCAAAUACGAGCUUUGGAAGGCAUUGUGAAUCUCUUCCGAGAUACCGAUAUGGAUCACCUGACUGUGCUCAAUACGACUCAGAAUGGUGAUAUGUGUGAAUUCGUGUGGACUAAUGAUACGCUCCCGAAGGACCCUGCUUGCCCUAUGGAUGAUAUUAAGCGAUUGAUGAAGAUCAUGGAAUCAGACACGGAUCCCGGUGGUCCCUCAGCCGGCCUAGUCCGGGCCAUGCAGCCAGAACUAAAGGCCGGUGGUGUAUCAUGGCGAGGCCGCGGGCCGUGUGCAGCGACGCCGGCCACCCGAGCCCCCGACACGUACCCGCCCGUCACGCGCAACCAGGUCGAUCACCUUACUGCUACCGUCGGACAUCUGCUCGUCUAUAAAGUGCCGGAGGAUACAUUCUUCGACCCAGAAGACGGCGGUACCCGUAACCUGGCUCUCUCGCUCCGGUACAGCGACCGCACGGAACUGCCGGCGGGACACUGGCUGCAGUUCGACGCCAAGAAUCAGGAGUUCUAUGGUCUACCUGCGCCUAGUGAUGAGGGCAGUGUGUCUUAUCAGUUGAUCGCGGAAGACUCAAGCAAGAAGAGCGCGUACGACAGUUUAAUAGUAGAAGUAGCGAAGGCCCCCACCAUCAGACCGACCGUGGAGUUCCAAAUGACCAUGGAGUAUCCAUUCCCAAUGCUUGCUUACGAUGCCAACAACAAACGGAAGGUUGUUGAGAAGUUGGCAGCACUGUUCGGACAGAAGGAGACUGAUAAUAUCAGGAUACAAAGCAUCACUAAUAAUCCUACUACUAUUAUAUGGUACAACACAAGUCUACCAAUGGACAGAUGUCCCAAAAAGGAGAUCGAGGAACUACGCAAAAUGAUCAUAGUUGACGAGCGAGGCUCCAUGGGCGGUGCUCUCAAAGAAAACGUCGACCACGUGUUCGAUAAAGACCUUAAAGUCAUGUCUAUAAGGUUGAUUCCUCUCGGUCUUUGCGCUGAACAAAAUACCAAGAUACCGAAGACGACAAUACAAGUACAUCCUGGGUCUUCGAGCUCUCAGAACAAUAAGGCUAGCAAUGCGGCCGACCCGAAUUAUUUGGUGACGUUCAUAAUACCGGCUGUUGUGAUCGUGUGUAUGAUACUGCUGGCUUCUAUCGUCGCCUGUGUACUGUAUAGGCGAAGGAGGACAGGUAAAAUGAGCGUGGGAGACGAAGAGGAGCGACAGGCGUUCCGGUCGAAGGGCAUCCCCGUGAUCUUCCAGGACGAGCUGGAGGAGCGCGGCGACGCCGAGCCCGUGCACAAGAGCCCCGUCAUCAUGCGCGAGGAGAAGCCGCCGCUGCUGCCGCCCGCGCCCGACUACCGCGCGCACGACGACGCGCCCUACCGCCCGCCGCCGCCCUUCGCCGCCUCGCGCACCCCGCCCCGCCCCAAGGCCACGCCCACCUACCGCAAACCUCCCCCGUACGUGCCCCCUUAAGUACUCCACGCCGCUCACCCCCCGCCCGCCUACUGUGUACACGAUCCGACUUCAAUCUUGCUUGUGACGCCGCUACUCUGGGGGUUGUAGUAACUGUCACCAUAGUGAAGUAAACAUUUACGAAAACUUUCGAUUAUUAUUAUUAAAAAAACUGCGAUAUUGUUAAAACUAGUCGACGCGAGCACAAGCAGUUAUUUUCUUCGAUUUAUUUAUUAUCUAACUCUCGCGAGCUGUCUUUUAAUAUGAAAACUAUUCGGCAGCAUUUACGCACUUAAAAUGAGAUGCAUUUAUAAAUUAGUUAGGGGAAUAACCCAAAGUCGACAAAACAAGGAAUUGUGCACAGUUUAAUGUGACUACGAAUUUCUUAUAAUAAUGUAAGUACGUCACGAAAUAUACCUGAAACUAGAGGGUUGGACGUGAUGUCGAUUUUUUCAAUUAUGUAAAAACUGGAGACUUCACAAAAAUUAACUAGUGUUAUUGUUGAAGUAGAUGAUGUUACAUUAGCUCUUAGAAUAAGCCGAAGUUCAAUCAAAUGUGUGAAUGGUUUCGUAUACAUUUUAAAUCGUUUACAAAUGGCAAACAGAGAGAAUUAUGUGACCAACACGAAUAUUAUUGAACAUUGUAAACUAAAUGCUCUUUAUAUUCGUGAUCUAAGCAACAAUAAUCAUUAUUUGAUCGGAAGGAUUUACGUUGACACAUUGUCAAUUACCUAUACUACAACUUAUUUAUUUGCUAAAGUACCAAAACAACAGUAAUCAAAGUGUUUGGCUAAAAAUGUGCCAUUGUUUCACAGUUGUUAUUUAAUGUAAUUUAAAAUAAAACAUAUCGAAAGUGUAACAUUUUAGCCUUUAGCGUAGAUCUUCCAUACACGUUAUAUUUAUAGGUAGUGCGUGUGUGUGUGAAGUACAUUUGAGGUAACUGUUGAGUAGGCGCCGAUGACGUCACAGUCUGACCGCCAUUUUAACGAAUCGCUGUUUAUAAUGCAUGGUUGAUCAAGAUUAGCUGGUGUGUAAACUGAAUUACAAUUAACAUACUAUUGUAAUGAAUAUACAACUGACUCUAGUUAUAGGCUACGAAUAGAUAUUUUUAAGGAUGGAAUAUCAUUUUGUACUUGUCUAAUAUUACCAUAGUUGUAAGGUUAACAAAUUGUGUAAACUUAGGGACUUGAACGAAAUGAGCUAUAAUGAUAACUUUUCCUUUGGAUGUAUUUUUUUCUACUGUAUACUCAUUUAGAGUUUUGCAUUUAUAGAUCUUUUUAGUGUUAUUAAUAUACAAUUUUAUAGGCCAGCAACAUUCAAGCUUUCAUUUUCCUAUAUUUGUUUCUCAAGUUGAGUAAUAGGAGUACUUAAAAGUCCAUUUAAGACAAUACCUAAUUAAUUUCAUUCUUUCAUACUUAUCCAUAGUAGCUAUUUCAUUUUCUUUAAAACAUUCUAAUUAUAAACGCACAUAAUUUAUGUAAUUAAUGAGCUUUUUAUUUUAAAUAAAUAAAAAUUGGUCUA